AUGAUAGCUUUGGCUCAUUUAUCUCAGUUGCUGCAGACACAAUCAACUACAACAUCCUCAAUCAGAACCAAAAGGAUAGCAGUUUCAAAAAGUCGAGUUAAUAAUUUUUUCAAAGCUAAAGGUGGCGCUGAUUCAAAUAGAAUAUUUAAUGAAGAGACAAAUUCUUCAUACGGUAAUCUGUUCCAUUCGGAAAUAGUUGGUAGAUGA